AGAGAGCGAGAGUGACAGACCAUGUGAAUGAUUGAGCGAUGGAGUGACUGGAUGAGAGAAAGAGAGAGAGUUGGCACGGACAGACGCUCUUGCUGUGUGAACACGGACAAGAGCAGGAGGAGGAGAAGAACGGUGGAAACAUACUGACAGAGAGCGAGCGAGCAACACAGUGCAGCAGCAGUAGCGGAUCAGUGAAGCACCAGAGCGAAGAUGUGAACACACACACCAGGACAAAAAAGCUACGAACACCCACUUGCAUCGCUUUGAAACAGCAAAGAACGGAGCAAGCUUGAAAGCAAACAGAGGACUCCAUUUUGAUUGACAUGACAAGGAGGUGGGGCUUAAAGGCAAGUUGAUGAAUAUUUGUUUUCCAGUGUGAGGUACUGAAGUAUGGGAGCAUGAUCAUCCAGAGGAACAUGAUCAUGACUGAAGAUUGCUUCUGAUGGUCAGGAAGUAAAUGACAAAAAAAAAGAGAGCAAAGGAAGAAGAGAGAGCGUGUCAGAACAGAUUUCACAUCAGCAGCGGUCAGCUCUCUGCAGGCGGUAUGUGUGUGUGUGUGUGUGUGUGAGCUAGCGUGAAGUGCAGCCUCCCCUCUCACACUAGGCAGCUGUCCUCACUCGCUCACUGGAGAGAGCAGCCGAGGAGCGAAAGAGUGCUGAAGGAGAGAGGGAAAGCGAGAGACCAAUGGAACAGAUGGAAGUGAGAAAACAAACACACAAGCAGCAGGGGGAAGCCGGACAAAGGGACUCUUAAUGAGGAUCAGCGACUGACAGAAGUGGCACCGUGGGUCAAUCUGUGGGGGACACGUAGGCGCAGAAUCCUGACCGAGGAAACGGCUGGACAGAGCGAUCACAAUCACAGACAAGACGGAUGGACAAAACAGUCUGGACUAAUAACUCAGCAUCUCACUCUUCCUCUGCUCAGUGAGCUGGUACUAAGCUACCCUACACUUGUUUUCUAUUCAUCUCUGUCUCUUUUUUCACCCUUCAAACUUUCCAUCUUUGCAUCCAUGUGUGUAUGUCCAUGUUCGCGUGUUAGCAUCAGCGCUUGGUCAGAGGCUGCAGGCUGUCCUUCACCAGAGUUAAAAAGAGACACAGUUCCUCAGGACGUGCUAAACAGAUGGACUGAAUGAAAGAUACCAGGGCAGAAAGAGGGAAAGAGAGAGGGAUAGGAUAGAGGUGUUGCCAGGGAGCUGAAUCUUCUGUGUUUUAAGUAAGAACACUAGAUCGUGUGUGCUUUUGAGCACCAGAUGAGCUGCCAUGAAUGCACUUUGUCACGUCAGUGAUCGAGUAAUGUUAUUAACUGUAGUAAUAAACAUUAAACAGCCUAGUGAUAGAGAUUUACAAUAAACGUGAAGAGGUUAACAAUGGUUUAAUCACUGGAAGGUUCUGCACGGCUCCUGGAUCAGAACAGGGCAGCUGGAGUUUAGUGGUCUGCUUUUUCUUGAUGUUCUCCUGAAAGAAAGAGACAGGGGUAGCUUAGAGGUCAUGCUGGAACCAGCUGUCUAAGUGAGCUAACUCCUCUCGUGGUGUUUUAACUGUUAGUUGAUCUAGUAUCAGGCUUCAGAAAAGCUGCUGUGAAUCAAACCUUCACACAUAAUGUCAAAUUGAAGCAUCAGCGAAUUUUAGAGCAGGGUAAGUUUUUUGGGCAUUAGUUGUGUUGGUUCAUUAUCCUUUGGGCAUUCUUUUGCUGCCUGCUGCCCCAUGAUUGCUCCUGGCACGGCACCCUGGCUAGGAAAUGAAGCCGUGCCGUGUGCUGCUCUAGCAACACUGUGGACAUUCAUGGCUCGGGAAUUCCCGCGCCCUCGCCGGUCCUCAUCCUCGGUGCCCAGUCAAGUGCCCAAUCGGCGCCGCUUGCCCCUGGCACUUCGUACCCGCCUGCAUGGCCUGCGCCAUGCCUGCUCCCCAGCCUCUUCACCAGUUCGUAGGGCACUGUGGACACUGGCACUUUGCACUGCGCUGGGCCUGCUGCUAUCAUGGUCCUCAAACCGCGUGCUGCACUGGUUGGCUUUGCCCACGGCUACCAGAGUGCACACGCAAUGGGCACGCCAGCUUGACUUUCCCACCAUCACUAUCUGCAACAACAACCCAGUGCGACUCCCGCAGCUUACCAAGAGCGACCUGUACUUUGCCGGGCACUGGUUGGGCCUGCUGCACGCUAAUGGGACUGCGCGCUCUCUAGUGCUUGAGCUGCUGCUUGGUGAGCGUCUUGCUUGGUUUCGCAAGCUCUCUGACUUUCGACUCUUUCUCCCGCCACGCCGCUUCCCAGGGACGAGCCUCGAGUUCCUCGACCGCCUCGGGCACCAGCUGGACGACAUGCUGCUCGCCUGCAAGUAUCGAGGAGAACCAUGCGGUGCUCACAACUUCUCCACUGUUUUUACACGAUAUGGGAAGUGUUAUAUGUUCAACGCAGCUGAGGAGGGCAAGGCUUUGAGAACCACGAUGAAAGGAGGGACUGGAAAUGGCCUGGAGAUUAUGCUGGAUAUUCAGCAAGAUGAGUACCUGCCUGUGUGGGGCGAGACAGAGGAGACGGCUUUUGAGGCAGGCGUGAGGGUGCAGAUCCACAGUCAAGCCGAGCCUCCGUUCGUACACGAGCUGGGCUUUGGUGUGGCUCCAGGGUUUCAAACUUUCGUAGCCACUCAGGAACAGCGGCUGACGUACUUGCCACCUCCAUGGGGAGAGUGUGUGUCCCAGACUCUGGGCUUCUUUGAGGUGUACAGUGUCACGGCUUGCCGUAUCGAGUGUGAGACACGCUACAUCGUGGAGAACUGUAACUGCAGGAUGGUGUACAUGCCCGGAGACUCUCCGUACUGCACUCCUGAACAGUAUAAAGACUGCGCUGAACCUGCACUCGCCGCUCUUUCAUCGGUGGAGGGCAGCAGCUGCAUGUGCAGGAACCCAUGCAACAUGACCCGCUACAACAAAGAGCUCUCCAUGGUCAAGAUCCCCAGCAAGACGUCAGCGCGCUACCUGGAGAAGAAGUUCAACAGAUCGGAGAAGUACAUCACGGACAACAUACUGGUGCUGGAUAUCUUCUUUGAGGCUCUGAAUUAUGAGACCAUUGAGCAGAAGAAAGCGUACGAGGUGGCUGGACUGCUAGGAGACAUCGGCGGUCAGAUGGGAUUGUUCAUCGGCGCAAGCAUACUGACAAUCCUCGAGCUGUUUGACUAUGCCUAUGAGGUGGUGAAGGACAGAAUCCUGGAUCUGUUGAGUCGAGGCGAUGAAGAAGAAAGUCGAGGAGAAGACGUGAGCACGUGUGAUCCAGUAGUGAAUCAUUCAGAGACGAUCAGCCACACAGUCAGUGUUCCUUUACAGACCACUCUGGGGACGUUGGAGGAGAUCGCCUGCUGAGUGUACUUCCCCUCCAGAGCAGCAGGAGGAGACACCAAAUCCUCCUCACCGUCCCUGCUGCCAGGAAACCAUGGGAAGAGACACAAAAUAAAAGAAAGGGGAAAGAAAAUGAUUCGUUUUCCCUGUUCGCUUAAACUGCUACAUGAUCGUUAUGUACAAAACCCAAAAAGAAACGAUGAUGGCAGCUCUGCCAGGCAAGACAAGUACACGUAAAUCUCACACACACGCACACAGAAACACACACACUGACUCUCAAAGUCUUCUCCAAAGCUGAAACUGAUGGACGAGACGGGAGACACAUUAACUCCUAAUUUCAAACUAGUGUGAGAAUGUGAACUGGAACAGGACAUGAGUGUGUAAAUGCGUCGUCUCUCUUCUCGGCUGACGUUUUAAAGUCUACUGCCAAAACUCGAAGAACGCCAGCUGCAGAAGGACAAGAACCUUUGCAUGUGUCAGUUUCUCUGGCUGAGCUGCAUUUCUCUCUCAUCUGUCUCUCGCCGAAAGCGUCGUUCUGCUUACGUUGUGUGUCUGAUUACGUGCCAGUAGAGCUCUGUCCCGAACCCACUCUUUCCUACCUUUUUCUGCUUUCGUGCGCUCCUACCCGAUUUCUGUUACUGUAUCGGAAAGCACUACGGAUCUGAGGGACAUUACCGACGUCAUCACCUCAUCAUGUAACCCGUCGAUGAAUGCGUUUCCACCCCAGCCUUCGUAUUUCCCAAAAGAGGAAAGAAGGAAAACAAAUUGAGUUAAAUGGAAAAGUCUGUUGUUUUGUCGGCGAGAUUAAGCCAUAAUUCCUGUUUCUUACACGAAAACGUCUCGUUUCAAAAAUGAGGAUUCAUCUCUAACGUGCGCGUCAUUAAAUCCGAGCUUUCUUUGGAUCCUCUUCAUUUCUGCACGUCUUCAACCCUGAAACUGAACAAGAGCAACGAAGUCAGGUGCUGUGAGGAAUACAGGAGCAAGGACACGGUCACAUGCGCAGUCUGUUUAAAUCAAACCCUAGUGUGUUUACAGGAAGUGAUUGCUUUCAUGGCUCAAGGCUGCCUUCAAAACACACCCUAGUGCAGUUUAAACCCAAGUCAUCCCUGAGUCAACCCAAGUGUAGAAAUUAACCAACGAGCAAAAGACACUUGCAAAUGCUUUAUUUUAGUUGUGAAGUGAAAUACUAUGGUGGUGCAUAUGUGUAAAACACAAUACCAAACCAAAAAUGCAACAGCAAAUCAGAAAACGCAACCAACGCAACACAGCGCAUUGAGACACACGGCAGAAAAACCACACGGCAAAUCUGAAGAUAUCUUGAAUAAAGGAAAAGACGUCCGAUAUUUCUUAUUGAGACGUUAUUAUAUAACAAAUAUAAGAUCCGUACGCUUGUUUCUACACGCGUUUGCUCAUUUCAAGCUUAAAAUAGUCUUAUUCUCAGAUGGUCGAAAAUAAGCCUGAAACAAGCUUGAAAUUAGUCAAAAAUAAAAUAAAAAAAAAGCAAGAAAUAAUCUUAGAUUUGUUAAAAAAAACAUUUUAAUAAAGAGUAAUAUUAGCUGAAUUUGCCUAUAUUCAAGAUAUGUUUACUUGUAAAAAAAAAAAAAAAAAAAAUACUGCAGAUCACUUUUUGCCGUGCAAAACAUCACAGCAACUUCAGAAAAUGCAAAAUGAAUAAACACAUGAGCAUUAACUUAUCGAACAUAUCGAUCCCAUGUUGGUCGCUGAUUGUACGUGACGUAUGACUAAAGGAAAAAGAAGACUACCUUUUCAGUUCUGUUAUCUAGUUGUUUAGUCGAAUUGAUUUACUGUAGUUUAGUCUCUGCUAUCUGCGCUCUAAUCUAGCUUAGCCUAGCAAAAAGAAUUUAAUGCUAAAGCUACUGAAGGGGCAGUGAUGGCUUGGAGGAUAAGGCUCUGGGUUACUGAUCAGUAGUUUAGGGGUUCACACCCCAGCACUGCCAAGCUGCCACUGUUUGGGCCCUUGACCAAUGCCCUUAACCCUCUCUGCUCCAUGGGCGCUGUAUCAUGGCUGACCCUGCGCUCUGACCCCAACUUCCUGACAUGCUGGGAUAUGUGAAAAGAAGAAUUUCACUGUGCUGUAAUGUAUAUGUGAUCAAUAAAAAAGACUCGUUAGACUCAUUACUCAUAUGAUAAAGUGAUACUGAUAAAUUUAGUCUUUAUGAUGAGGAGUAAUUCUUUCUUGGGUAUAACCUGGCUUCAUUCAAGCGGGUUUUCAGCAGUCACAGGCUCAUACUAAUUAAUAUAAAGUCGACAGAUUAAUCGGAUAAUAAUAAUAAUACGAAUAAUAAUAAUAAUUAUAGUAAUACAUUUUCUUUUUAAAAAGCGACACCCAAGGUCACUUCACAAACACGGCAUGCAAAUGCAAUUCACAAAGCAC